AUGACACGCCUUAGCUCUCUCCUCGUUCUGCUCCUUGGUACAUGCCAAAACACCAUAGGCGCGCCUUUGCCAUUCAAUAGCAUCGCUCCGACUGACGGCAGCGAAUUUUUGUCCAACCCCCAACCGUGGCAAGGAGCCAGGCCCACAAGCGACCCAAAUGCUCAGCUUUUGCCCCGUAGGUCAGAGCGUGGGAAGCACACCGUUGACACAUUGGGCGGGCCAUCCGCCUCUGAACAGCACCACAUCUGGACAUCUGUGUCGAUUCCAAGUGCGAGCCGUCUGACGCGCCGCGACGGGAGUUCCUCCAGCGAAUCAAGCUCCGAGAGUGAGAGCGAAAGCGACUCCGACAGCGAGGAAGAUGGCUACUACAGCGACGCCAGCCAAACACAAACAGGGCCCAGCAAGACUCCCAAGCAUGUCCAGUUUGCCGAUGGCACCAAAACAGUCGACAGUAAGAGCAAGAAUUCAAAAAAGCCUCGGGUGGGGAAGCCUAGCAGUUUCAUGCAAUGGGCUGCAGGAACGGCAGGUCCGUCGCGUCCCAAAAAGUCGUCAUCAGGAAGCAGCGAGCGCAAAAAGACGAGACACUCGAGGAAGGAGUCCGACCACGUUAAUGCCCUAGAGUAUGCGCAGAAAAAAGCAGCAGCGAAUGCCGAAGAGGUGGCCAAACAAAAUGCCAACGCAGCGGAACAGGCCGUGACAAGUUCCAGGGCGCAGGCUAAGGCACCUACGGCACCUUCAGGAGCAGCGGGGCGGCCCAAGUCGGAAAAGAAGAAAAGCAGCAAAGACACGGACAAGUCUCUGAAAACUCUCACAUGGCUAGCCGGAGGAAGGCCCAAGGGGAAUUGA